CGAUCUCAUCCCUGUGAUAUUCACCUUCACCGCUCUAUAUCGCCGGGAAGAUUCGCAAUUGACCCCGCGGACCCUCCAGCUUGUCCAAGUUUUUACAUAGAUCUCUCAAGAUCUGAAAGACGGGAGGCCCACGGUUCUAAUUCCCAAUAUGGUCGAGUCUACCUCAGUCAAAGUCUUGCUACUAGAUAUUGAGGGCACAAUUUGCCCUAUUUCAUUUGUCAAAGAUGUCCUGUUCCCAUAUGCACUGAGGGUAUUGCCAGAGACAUUGAGAACCCAGUGGGACGACCCAAACUUUGCAAAAUAUAGGGAUGCAUUUCCUUCGGAAUAUUCUUCGUCCAAAGAGGCACUAGAAGCUCACUUCAGGGACCUUGUGGAGAAAGAUGUGAAGGUCUCCUACCUGAAAAGUCUCCAGGGUUACCUAUGGAAAGAAGGCUAUGCCUCGGGUAAUUUGAAAGCGCCCCUGUUCGCAGAUGUGCCUACGAAGCUAUCAGAAUGGCAACACAAAGGCCUUAAGAUCAUGAUUUAUUCAUCGGGGUCGGUGGCAGCACAGAAGCUACUAUUCCAGUACACAAACGCAUCACCGUCCGAUCUGACGUCUCGGAUCUCGGACUGGUUUGACACCGUGAACGCCGGGCUUAAGACGGACGCAAACAGUUACAAGACAAUUUCUAGUAAGUACCCGGCGUUUUCACCUAACGAAUGGCUCUUCUUGAGCGACAACGUCAGUGAGGUGGAUGCUGCUAUUCAGGCGGGUAUGCAAAGUGUGGUUGUUCAACGUCCUGGGAAUGCGCCCCUACCGGUAGAGAUACCGAAACGCCUACGAGUCAUAGAGACUUUUGAGUCCCUCGACGAUAAUCUCGAGGCUCAUAUCAAUUAAUUGGUUCAAUGCGCGGAAAGCAAACGGGUUUAGCAUAAGAACUGCUGAGGGGCUGAGGGGUAGAAGGGGAAUACUACCACUACCCUCGAGACGAAAGUGGACACGAGAUGGCUAACAGUAGCCGGGGAAAGAGAGCGGCCCAGCAAACGGAGCUGGCGGGGGCGAUAUCAAGUGU